CGCAAGGCUUGAAGAGGACUCGGGCUCCAGGUCGCAGCCGUGCAGCCCCUUUCUAGGAUGCAGGACCUGGAGACAGAUGCAGACCAGUGUGGCGCUCAGGUCUGCUUUUGCGCCUAGGAUAGCGCAUGUGUACUGCCAAAGGAGGUAAAGUGGGUCCCUAAAGCUGGCGGCGUACAGCCUUUUGGGAUACAGAGCCCCGGUACGUUUUAGGAAAGACCACCGCCUGGGACGCUGCCUUCCGGUGAGCUCCCCGCCCAGUGUUCGUGUUUACGCAUGCGCACUUCCUCCGGCCUGUCCUCGCUUCCGGUGCGUCCUAAGUACCCGCAGCUCUGGUCGCCGGGCUCUGGCCUCCGGUAGGGGAGACUGCGGGGCCGGGACACCGGCAGGGGAAGCACCACGCGGGCGCAAGCUGUGCGGACUAGGGUCCGCGCGGCUGGGCGGAGGCUUGAGUGGAAACCGAGCGCGGGCGCUGAGCCCCGAAGCCGUGGUGGAGGCCGAAGGGGCAGGGCGUGCGGCGGCGGCGGCACCUGGCGCGGCUCGCUGCGGCCUCGGCGAUCUGUCUCUGCUUUCAGACUUCAACAUUUUUCCAAGAGCAGUAGAAAAUGAAAAAAUCCCUGGGACCAGUGUCAUUCAAGGAUGUGGCUGUGGACUUCACCCAGGAGGAAUGGCGGCAGCUGGAUGCCAGUGAGAAGAUGACUUACAGAGAUGUGAUGCUGGAGAACUAUAGCAACCUCGUCUCUGUGGGGUGUCACAUUAUCAAACCGGAUGUUAUCAUCAAGUUGGAGCAAGGAGAAGAGCCAUGGAUAGUAGAAGGAGCAUUCCCACCUCAGAGCUGCCCAGAUGAAGUCUGGCAAGCUGAUGACCUGAUGGAGAGAGUCCAGCAGGAUGGACAUACAUUCUUCAUCAAUAAAACCCUGGUUGAAGAGAGAGGUAAUGUUUCUGAGAAAGCAUUCAGUGUAGAAAUGAGCCCUGUUGCUUCAAGAAAAAUAUCCUCUAGAUGUGAUGCCUGUGAAAAGAGUUUAACAUCUGUUUCAGAAUAUAUUAGUAGUGAUGGAAGCUAUGCAAAAAUGAAACCUGAUGAAUGUAGUGGGUGUGGAAAAUCACUCCUCCACAUUAAGCUUGAGAAAAUGCAUCCAGAUGAGUGUGGAGCAACUUAUGACAUAAAAGAAGAGAAUAUUUAUCAGAAAGUGCAUAUUUUGGAGAAACCUUUUGAAUACAUCGAGUGCCAGAAAACCUUCCAAAAGGACCCAGUUUUUGUUAAUCACAUGGAGGAAAAGCCCUAUGAUUGGAAUGAGUCUGAAAUAGCCUUUCUCCAAAUGUCAGACCUCAGUGGCCAUCAGAGAUCUCACAUGGACAUGAAGUCUUAUGAAUGCCGAGAAUGUGGGAAGUCCUUCUGUAAAAAGUCAAAAUUCAUUAUUCAUCAGAGGACUCACACAGGAGAGAAACCUUAUAAAUGUAACCAGUGCGGGAAGUCUUUCUGCCAGAAGGGAACGCUCACGGUACACCAGAGGACCCACACAGGGGAGAAGCCCUAUGAAUGCAAUGAAUGUGGGAAAAACUUCUACCAGAAACUCCACCUUAUCCAACACCAGAGAACUCACUCAGGAGAGAAACCCUAUGAAUGCAGUUAUUGUGGGAAAGCCUUCUGCCAGAAGACACACCUCACACAGCACCAGAGAACACACUCAGGAGAGAGGCCCUAUGUGUGUCAUGACUGUGGCAAGACCUUCUCGCAAAAGUCAGCACUUAAUGACCACCAGAAGAUUCACACAGGUGUGAAGCUGUACAAAUGCAGUGAGUGUGGCAAAUGCUUCUGCCGCAAAUCCACGCUCACAACCCACUUGAGGACACACACAGGAGAGAAGCCGUACGAGUGCAAUGAGUGUGGGAAGUUUUUCUCACGUCUCUCGUACCUUACUGUGCACUAUCGCACCCACUCUGGGGAGAAGCCCUAUGAGUGUGCUGAGUGUGGGAAAACUUUCUACUUGAACUCAGCCCUGCUUCGGCACCAGAGGGUGCACACAGGGGAGAAGCCAUAUGAGUGCAGUGAGUGUGGCAAGCUGUUUUCCCAGCUCUCCUAUCUCACCAUCCAUCAUCGGACACACUCUGGAGUGAAGCCCUACGAGUGCAGUGAGUGUGGGAAAACCUUCUACCAGAACUCGGCCCUGUGCAGACACCGCAGGAUCCACCGAGGAGAGAAGCCCUAUGAGUGCUAUAUCUGUGGGAAGUUCUUCUCUCAGAUGUCCUACCUCACCAUCCACCACAGAAUCCACUCAGGAGAGAAGCCCUAUGAAUGUAGUGAGUGUGGGAAAACCUUCUGCCAGAACUCAGCCCUUAACAGACACCAGAGAACACACACAGGGGAGAAAGCCUAUGAGUGCUAUGAAUGUGGGAAGUGCUUCUCCCAGAUGUCCUAUCUCACCAUCCAUCACCGGAUCCAUUCUGGAGAGAAGCCCUUCGAAUGUAACGAGUGUGGAAAAGCCUUCUCCCGGAUGUCAUACCUCACUGUGCACUACAGAACCCAUUCAGGAGAGAAACCCUAUGAAUGUACUGAGUGUGGGAAGAAAUUCUACCACAAGUCAGCAUUCAAUAGCCAUCAGAGAAUCCAUAGGAAAGGGAACGUGAAUGUAAUUGAUGUGGGACAGCUUCUCUGACCUCACACAGCCCUUUCAUAACAGUGAGCAAGAAACUUCUAUCAGAAAUCAAACACUACUACACAGUUGGAUUGUGUAUCCAUGGGUUCUAUAUAUCUGGAUUCAACCAGUCAAAAGUAUUUGGUAAAAAAAUUGUAACUGUACUGAACACAUGCAGACUUUUCUUGUUAUUACCUAUACAAUAUAGUACAACAAUUGAACAAUUAUUUGCAUUAUAUUAGUUAUAAGUAACCUAGAGGCAGUCUGAACUGUAUGGGAGGAUUACAUGGAUUAUAUGCAAAAACUGCACAGUUUUACCAAAGGGCCUAACAUCUGCAGAUGAUAUUGGGAGGGGAAGGUCUUGGAACCAACACCCACUUCCAUCCCAACCUCAUAGAAGAGGCACUGCAUCUGAGAACUCAUACAGAUGAGUGUGAAUAAGCCCAUGCUUUGGUCAUUGAUUGAUAUUCGCAAGGCAGAAAACAAGAUUGUACCAAGACCCUAUAACUCAUUAAAUACUAGACUGUAUAGGAAAAAAAAUAUAUUACUAUUUAGAAUAUAUAUGUAUGUAUGUAUGUGUGAAAUAGAGUAUGUUUCACCAAGGAAUCAAACUGCUUUGCAUAUCAGGGAAUUCUGUCAGUUUUAGGAAUGUGGAAAUAUACUCUUCUGGAAAUUGUUAAUACUAGAAGACAGUGCCAGUGUAAAAACAAAUUUGUAAAAAAACAAAACAAAAGAAAACAAAAAACAAGAUAUCUUCUGUGAGAAAACAUACAAUUUAUAAACAUGUAAAAUCAUAAGGAUAACUAGCCAAGUCUGCAGCAUUAAAUUCAUGAAUAAAAUAGCUCUUGAAGAAGUUGUUUUAGUAUUUAUAGAAACUGUAUGGUGAGCAUUGUAUCUUUAUGAAUUUGUAACUCAUAUUGUAAGAUUGCUCAUUCCAAGUAGCUCUACCAUGUUAAUAUUUUAGUAUGCAUUGCCAUUGAAACAACAUUUGGUAGGUUUAAAGUAUAUUUGUAUUCUUCCUUGGUAUUAUAAAUAUGCACUUGAUCACUGUUAGUGAACUACAUUAUCCUUUUAAAAAACAAUGUUUUUUAUAAUGUCUUUAAUUAUAGAUGAGUCAGCAAAAGAGAUAAAUAUGUAUAACAUAGAAUUUUUUAAAAAUCCUGCAUAGAUGAUUUUAAAUUAAGCCAGAAUUCUCCAGGAAUGAAAAAUAGCUUUAGUACUUAACGCACUCUGCACAACUAAAAAAUGAACUUAAAAUAUUACCACUUCUGCUUUUAAUCUGUUGUUUAUUUGGAUGGUUGAGUGUGUGUGGAACGCAGGGACUAAUGUCAGAGUUAUUUGUCUUUUUCUGAUCUUGUAGUGCUGAUGAGCACUUGCUCUUCAUUUAUGAAGGAAGUGAGGAAGUGGAGUUUGUGGCAGACUUUGUUGUGACUCCACCAAUCACUCUGCCCUCAACUUUCCUGGCAGUGUCUGGGUACCCUCUGCUCCUCAGGGGACAGGAGGUAAAUCCUUGUUAGUUUUGAUCACUAGUAAUCAUUCUCACUGCCAGCAGUUGCUCUCAGUGGUCAUAAGGACCCAAGACUAGACAGAUGAACAAACCCUCCUGACAGGUUAUUUCUGGAAAAAGUUUCCCCAAAGAUUCAAGGACUCAAGCAACACAAAAUAGGGUCUUUUCAUGACAAUGACCUUAUCUGGAUAUGGUUCAUUGUACUUUCUUCCAGCAAGGGCUUAUGGUUUAUUCAUGACCUUCACAGGAAGACUGGAAGAUUCAGGAACUUGGAUGACAGAGUCAUUGAACCAGCCCUGUGGCCACUUGAUGUCUGGUCUGUUUCAUUUGUGAGAGAUUGUAUUUAUUUUUAAGCUAGUUGACUUAGAAUGCUCUGUUGCUAAUAACUGAAGACAUUCUGAAACAGUUACACUUUGUAGAAGUUAUGGAAUCCAGAAGGACUUCAGGUAAAUCAUUUAUUUUGAGGUGUUGAUACAGAGAUAUUAUUUUCUGUAAAUUGUAACACAAAUAGUUUUGAGCAUUGGAAAUCAACUUGAAACAAUUAAAUGUGUAUGCCUCCUUAAACUGCCUAUCAUUUACCUGAAAAAUUACAUUUUUCUAGUGUAUGAAAUAAAUUUCAUUAAGGUAAUUUAUUGUGGGUUAUUACCAUUAGCUCACAAUAUAUAGUGUGAGGUAAGGAUCUGGUUUUACUUUUAAAUGAUUGACUUUAUGGCCUACGUCAUUGAGUAACUUACCUCUUUACACCACUGAGCUGAAAUGCUGUGUUUUUCAUAAAUAUCAUACAUGGCUCCUGUUGUUAGUGCUCAGCAGUUUUUUCCAUAUUCUUUUGAUUGUGAUUAUGUUACAUAACAGUAAUUAAGAGUCUGGUUACUUGUAUAGUUGAUCAUAUAGUCUGAAGUAGGAUCCAAAAGUUCAGAAUAUAUAUGUUGAAAUGAUUAUCCCCAAAGGUUUCCACACUAGUGCAUUGUAGCUUAGUUACACAUAUAAGCUUUAAGAAAAAUAAAGUAAAAUGAAUAUAUGCUGGCAACACUAUCUGUUAAUACUGAGGCCACAUUCUGAGGCCAAGUUUGGCCCCUCUCCUUCCCUGUCUUCUGUAUUCUGUCUUGCUGUGCCUGGCUGUGCUGUUGGUGAGGCUCCUCAAAGAGGGCUGUAUGAUAAGCCAUGUGACUACAAGCCAAAUAAUGGCCAGCUUUGUAGACUGCUUCUAGCUUAACAAAAUGAAGGAAACACAUUUUUAAAAUUAUGUUGCUGUGUUGUUAAUAUAGAGAUAACUGUAUUAAAAUAAAUUACUUUUACUUUUCAUUUA